GUACUGCGCAAUGGGCAUGCGUAUAGGACCCGGCCGCGCCAUUUUGGAUCGUCCUUCUGCAAUAGCUAGCUGUUUCAAGCUUCCUACAUUUCUUUAUGAUUCAUUCAAUCAUUUUCAAACAAAGUGUGGAUAACAGAGAGUCGUCCUCGUGUUUGAAUUCUAUUCAAGAUCGGUCUUCGUCUGGGGAAUGGACGGAGAAGAGGACGACUUCAUGUCUGAGAGCCACUCCGAUGAUGGAGGCGGCACUCCAGUUCUGGAUGAACAUCCAGCAUCGGACAGUGAGGACGUGAGCAGCAACAGACAUCAGUCUGAGGACGAGGGCAGCAAUGACGAGGACGCGUCCUACAAAAAGCGCCGGGAUGACAGCGGCUCGGAGAACGAUGCCCGGCCGGCUGUUGACAGCGACUCCGAGGCGGAAGCUAUCGGUCGCCAUGGCAAUGAAGGCAGCGACUCUGAAGCAGAGGCGGCGAGGCCUGCCGACAGCGACGAUGACUCUGUGGGCAAACGCCGGAUGAGCAUAUCAGACAACGAGGAAUCAUCGCCGGUCAAACACGCCGCCUCGGACAACGAGUAUGGGGGGGCGCCGUCCCCUGUCAGGCGCAGGGGAAGCAGCUCGGACAUGGAGGUAGUGGGAGAUGCCACCAAAGCGGCCGCAGACAGCGAUUCCGGUGACGAGGACAUCAGAGCAAAGUCUCCUAGUCGCUCCUUCAACGCUGACAGCGAUUCUGGCGACGAGGACUUCAGAGCAAAGUCUCCCAGCCGCCCUUACAACGCUGAGAGCGAUUCCGGAGACGAGGACUUCAGAGCAAAGUCUCCCAGCCGCCCUUACAACGCUGAGAGCGAUUCCGGCGACGAGGACUUCAGAGCAAAGUCUCCCAGCCGCCCUUACAACGCUGAGAGCGAUUCUGGCGACGAGGACUUCAGAGCAAAGUCUCCCAGCCGCCCUUACAACGCUGAGAGCGAUUCCGGCGACGAGGACGCCAAACCAAAGUCUCCCAGCAGCCCCUUCAACGCUGACAGCGAUUCUGGCGAUGAGGACGCCAAAACAAAGUCUCCUCGUCGCCCUUUCAAUGCUGACAGUGAUUCUGGCGACGAGGACGCCAAAACAAAGUCUCCCAGCCGCCCUUUCAAUGUUAAGAGCGAUUCUGGCGAUGAGGGUGCCAAAACAAAGUCUCCUGGCCGCCACUCCAAUGCUGACAGCGACUCUGGUGACGAGGACGCUAAAGAAAAGUCUCCUCGCCGCUCUUUCAAUGCUGACAGCGAUUCUGGAGGCAAGAACGCUAAAGCAAAGUCUCCUGGCCGCCACUCCAAAGCGGACAGCGAUUCUGGCGACGAGGACGCUAAAGAAAAGUCUCCUCGCCGCUCUUUCAAUGCUGACAGCGAUUCUGGAGGCAAGAACGCUAAAGCAAAGUCUCUUAGCCGCCACUCCAAAGCGGACAGCGAUUCUGGCGACGAGGACGCUAAAGAAAAGUCUCCUCGCCGCUCUUUCAAUGCUGACAGCGAUUCUGGAGGCAAGAAAGCUAAAGCAAAGUCUCUUAGCCGUCACUCCAAAGCGGACAGCGAUUCUGGCGACGAGGGCGCUAAAGAAAAGUCUCCUCGCCGCCCUUUCAACGCUGACAGCGAUUUUGGGGGCGAGAGCGCUAAAGCAAAGUCUCUUAGCCGCCACUCCAAAGCGGACAGCGAUUUUGGGGGCGAGGGCGCUAAAGCAAAGUCUCUUAGCCGCCACUCCAAAGCGGACAGCGAUUCUGGCGACGAGGGCGCUAAAGCAAAGUCUCUUAGCCGCCACUCCAAAGCGGACAGCGAUUCUGGCGACGAGGGCGCUAAAAAAAAGUCUCCUCGCCGCCCUUUCAACGCUGACAGCGAUUCUGGGGACGAGGGCACUAAAGCAAAGUCUCUUAGCCGCCACUCCAAAGCGAACAGCGAUUCUGGCGACGAGGGCGCUAAAGCAAAGUCUCUUAGCCGCCACUCCAAAGCGAACAGCGAUUCUGGCGACGAGGGCGCUAAAGCAAAGUCUCUUAGCCGCCACUCCAAAGCGAACAGCGAUUCUGGCGACGAGGGCGCUAAAGCAAAGUCCCCGAACCGCCCCUCCAAACCUGAUAGUGACUCGGACGCUGAGAUGCCGACUCGACGCAAGGCGGCGCGCGUUGACUCUGAUGACGAGGCCGAGAGGCGGCAAGGGAACGCUGAGGGGGAAAGACGGGGCAAGUGGAAGGCUGUGAUGAAGUCAGACAGCGAGGACGAGGGGGACGGGGGCGAGCAGAGGAAGGCCACCACAGGAAGUGAUGUCGAAAUGCAGGCGGCGCACAGAACCUCAGACAACAGUGACGAUGACGAGCAGCCAGUGAAGAGGAAGAAGGCCAUCCUAUCAGACAGUGAGGAUGAGGAGCAGACAAACAAACCAGCCAAGAGGAGUCGGGCCGUGUCGGACGACGACAACUCCGACAGCGACGCCGACUCGGGGGGACCCGAUAAAAGUAUGGCGGCCAAACUGAGAGAGUUGGGCUCUGACAGCGGCAGCGAUGAGGACGACAGGUCAAAGGCCACCGGCGAGAAGAAGGACGAGAAGGCGUUGUUUGGUAGCGACAGCGACUCUGAAGACAACGAGGAGGAGAAAAUGAUUGCCGACAUCUUUGGAGAGUCUGGAGACGAGGAGGAGGAGGAGUUCACGGGAUUCAACCAGGAGGACCUGGAAGGAGACAAGGAGGAGGCCACACAGAAGAAGCAGCAGAUGCAAGAGGAUUCUGAUUCUGACGAGGGCGUCGAGCGCGGCGGCAGCGGCCACGACACCAGCUUCAUGUCCGACUUUGACAUCAUGCUCGCUCGCAAGAAGGCUAUGAGCGGCAAGAAGAGGCGUCAUCGUGACGGCGGGACAUUUAUCAGCGACGCCGAUGACGUAGUCAGCGCCAUGAUCGUGAAGAUGACCGAGGCCGCCGAGGAGGACAGAACGCUCAACAGUCAGAAGAAACCGGCGCUGAAAAAGCUGACACUGCUGCCUCAAGUGGUCAUGCACCUGAAAAAGCAGGACCUGAAGGACACGUUCAUCGACAGUGGCGUCAUGUCGGCCAUCAAAGAGUGGAUCGGCCCACUUCCUGACAAGUCGCUGCCUGCACUACGAAUCCGGGAAGAGCUGCUCAAGAUCCUGCAGGAGCUGCCCAGCGUGAGCCAGGAGACUCUAAAGCACAGCGGGAUUGGUCGUGCCGUCAUGUUCCUGUACAAACACCCCAAAGAAUCCCGAUCCAACAAAGACCUUGCUCUCAAGCUCAUCAACGAGUGGUCCCGGCCCAUCUUUGGCCUGACGUCCAAUUACAAGGGAAUGACCAGAGAGGAGCGACAGCAGCGGGACCUCGACCAGCAGAUGCCGCAGCGCAGACGACUAAGUUCUGGAGGUCAGACGCCACGUCGAGACCUGGAGAAGCAGCUGACGGGAGAGGAGAAAGCGCUGCGACCCGGAGACCCAGGCUUCUGUGCCAGGGCUCGCGUGCCGAUGCCCUCCAACAAAGACUACGUCGUGCGACCCAAAUGGAACAUGGAGAUGGAAUCCAGCAGGGGUCCCAUGAAGAGAGGAGGGAUGAACCGCGUGGACAAACAGAUGCGACGAUUCGCCGACAUCCGCCGCCUCACCAAGAUAGGUCACGCCGUCAAAAUCAGCGUGGAGGGCAACAAGAUGCCACUCUGAUUUUCAGCCCCUUAGGAUUUAUUCUAUUUCCUUUUGUUUUUUGUUUUCUUUUUUAAACGUUAGGUUGAGCUUGGCCCACUCUUUUGCACUUUUUAAAUCUCUUGUUUCUCAUGCCGUGUGGAGCGUCUCCCCUCACAAACGGUCAUCAUGAUGCUGACAUGGUGUCAGUGAAAAUUGCUUGGUCACGUGACAUUUUAGCGUCCACGAGCCACAUUGACAGCUCUAAUGGACGCUCGCAGAGCUCAGACCUGUUCGGAACCCUUCGGGCUCAAAUCUUUUCUGUUAUUAUAUUUGUUCAACCUUUUUGUUGCUGCUCAGGUCUGUGGUCUGCUCUAUCAGGUCUCAACAAAUGGUGAUGAUGUCACAACUGCUUCUGGGUCAGUUUGUCGAGCCUUAGCAUACAGUCGAUGACACUUUUCUUAAUAAAAACUCAAAGCCAACUUGACUCCGCAA